AUGAGCUCCUUUGUGCUGCAAAGAGAAAAUGAACUGCGUGGCAAGGUUGUCUGGGUGACAGGAGCUUCAAGUGGAAUUGGAGAAGAAUUGGCUUACCAGCUGUCAAAGAUAGGAGCCUUGCUUGCCAUCUCAGCAAGAAGAGAGGAUGAGCUGGAAAGAGGGAAAAAGAAAUGUCUUCAGAUUAGCAGCUUGAGUGAAAAAGAUAUCCUUGUUCUGCGUCUUGACUUGACUGAUAGAAGCUCUCAUGAAGCUGCAACCAACAGCGUUCUUAAGCAUUUUGGCAAGAUUGAUGUUUUGGUCAACAAUGGUGGACGCUCCCAGCGCUCCUUGUUUGUGGAUACAAACCUGGAUGUCUACAGUGCCAUAAUGGAACUCAACUACCUGGGUACAAUCUCUUUAACAAAACAUGUCCUGAAUCACAUGAUCCAAAGGAAAAAAGGAAAGAUUGUUACUGUGAGCAGUGUGAUGGGUAUCAUGGGAGCUCCUCUUGCCUCUGGGUACUGUGCCAGCAAGCAUGCUCUGCAGGGUUUUUUUAAUUCUCUUCGGACUGAGCUGACCGACUACCCUGAGAUAAGUAUUAUCAACAUAUGCCCGGGGCCUGUACAGUCUAAGAUUAUACAAAAUGUCUUUACGGAGAAUCUUGCAAAG